AAGUCUGUAGUAUUUGUCAACAAAAGUGCUUUCAAAAUGAACGAAGAAAUAGACGAUUCUGAAUUUUAUCAUCAGGAUUUCACCACAGCUUCGGAGUGGGAAAUAUUUAUAGCUCGUUUGGAAGAGGUGAUUAAUCAGUGGAAAACGGAGGAUCUUAAAAACGAACCUGCAGUCGAAACACAAAACAUAUGGGAUAUAAGAAACGAAAAGGUCAGUUUUGCAGACUUUGAUUUCAUUCUAAGCCUGCACAGGAAGAAAGUGGAGACUCCGGAUUCCUCAGAAAGCAGCGAUGUGAACGAAGAGAAGCAAAAUAAGAAUCCUAUUGAUUCCUUGUACGAUUUUCAGUUGUACGAUGAAAACAAUACCACGGAUGCAUCUUGUUUAUCAACCUGGUAUGGUAUAAAUGAAUUUAUAGUUCUCUCGCCUUUUAAUAAUGUUGGUGUUACCUCCGAGAGCAAAAUUAAAAUACUUUUAAGCUCAGCGUAUGUAGUUGCGAGUAAUUUAAAUUGUGAGGUGCCGAUCUUUGUUCAGAUUAGAGAAAAAUGGCAGAGAUGUUUUUUGGGAGUAUACGAGGGUGAUGGAAUCAGAACAAAUUUCGAAAUGGUACAUUUAAAAAGAGGCCCUCCACAUUGUCAGUACCUUACAGGACUUUUAGAUCUAUUUAAAACGAAAAUAAUGUCGCCUUGUACCAUCGACGAUAUUUUAGUGUCUGUGCAACAAUCUUACACGUUAACGGAUUUUGGCAACUUCAUUUGGAAACAAGAUUUUCUCAGUGGUGAUAAUUUUGAUGUGGAAAUCUUAUUCAUACUACCGUUCGGGGUGACAAUCGAUCCUAUCAAGGCACUUAUUUUGAAAGCUACAUGGAAUCACUUUUCUGAACACUUACUUAUUGGCAGUGAAAAUUACUCAGAUUUUGAUCCGAUGGUUGCUCCCAAGUGGUCUUGUACCACUAAAAUCACCAACGAACCGCUUUGUUUGCUCGGAGAAUGUUUGUCCGAGUUCUUACAAAAUCUAAACAAUAAUUCAACAGUGUUUGAUGUGCUUGGAGAUUUUACUGCCGUUUCUGUGCCGGAAAAUAAUCCACUUGAUGUGCUGACUGAACCCUCCGUUCCGAAUAUUUCCGGGUUGUUAAGUAGAGCCGCUAGAAGCUCCCUGGGUUUUAAUCGAAAAGGAACUCAACCGAUUACAGAUUCUGUAUUUGUUUCGUUGCUGUACUUUUUGUUCCCUGAUGCCGAUGAGAGCUCGAACUUUCCUUAUGGAGGAAAAGAUGAAAGGGAACCUUCUGAGAAGAGGAACCAGGAAAACGUGCUGUUCAAAAAUUUGGACGACGAAUUCAAAGGCUUCAAAACGUGCAUCGUCGACUCCCUCACCUGGCGACUAUCAAUUGUUUUAGCGCACGCUUUGCAGUCCCUUGGUGGGAUUAGAGCUUUCGCCCACGUCUGGUACGAGUUUGUCCAGGAAAUGCGCUACAGGUGGGAGAAGAGCAUGCCGAUACCGGGGUGA